AUGAAUACCAGAGAUCGAGCACGCUACGCCUCUGGUUCAGAACAGGAAGCCGAAUAUCAACGACCACAAAAACGCCUGCGCACUUCGCCCUCCCCCGACAGACCCAACGGAAACGGACACACCUCGAUGUCAUUGCCGCCGUUGUCCGUAUCCAUCCUCGGAGUGGAACCGUUGGAUGAGUUCAUUCGUGAAGUGGCCGACUUCGUACAUCAUAUGAUUAUGACUCGCGCGCCGGACUUGCAGGGUCAGGUGGAGGUGGAGGCCAAGAUAGGUGUGUUGAAGGACAAGGGAACCGGGCGCAGAAUCGCGCUCCCUGUUCUGGUCGAGACUAUCCUUACGCCACAAGAGAUAGAUUGUCGUUUUGAAUCAAAUAUGUCUGCAUCGCAACAUAAACACUUCAAUAAAUUGCUCAAUGAACUCAGAACGGCUUCCAGUCAACCUGGCCACCCAUCCACCACACUCGCCUAUGAUCAUCUCCGCCUAGUAGAUUCAUUCUAUUCUUCGGAAGGUUCUGGUGACAGAGACAAGAUUCGGGUGACCCGAAACGAAAAGACCAACGAGGUCAUCGAGUGCUUGAGAAAAGUGAGGCUCGGGAAUCUGGAUAUCUACAGCCCAAAACGCGCCGCGGAUUGGCGUAUAAGUGUAAACGUCGAAGUGCCAGGCGAGUACCCUUCUAUCGGUAAUGAUCAUCCUCUGUGUAGAGCGGCUAAAACUAUUCCAGUAAAACACCCUAUAGGCACAGCGACCCUAAAACGCCGAAAAGACCGGAUGAGUUACUCUCACGAGGAAUUCAGGAUUGACCUCACACAGGUAACAUCUCAGGCUGCACAAAGUCAACAGCCGGAAAUCCUUCACGAAUUGGAGCUCGAAUUUGCUCGGCCUGCUUUACUCCUUGCAACUGCCGCGAAACGCAACGAUGAAAAUGUCACUGAGCAUGAACAGUCAGCGUUUGAUGAACUCAUCAGAGCCUUCGUCAACAACGCGAGAAUACUAGUUCGUAAUGCUGGCGAAGGGUGGCAGUGA